AUGUUUUCGGACGCUGAAGAUCGUCUGAUGGUGGACCUCUUUCGAGGCUACAAUUCCCUCGUGCAACCCACAACGACUUCACCCGCGACCGAACUGCCAAUGAUCAUCAAGAUUGCAUGCAACUGCGAUGAGAAAGAACAAGUGAUGCACACAAACGUAUGGCUUACUCUGAGGUGGCGCGAUUUUCAAUUGCGUUGGGAACCGAAGGACUACGACGGAAUCACUCAGAUUCGUGUUGCGCCCGACAAAAUCUGGUUGCCGGACAUUGUUCUAUUCAAUAAUGCCGAUGGUAAUUACGAAGUUUCGUUCAUGUGUAACGCCCUUGUUCAUCAUUCUGGUGAAGUGCUUUGGGUACCGCCGGCUAUCUAUAAAAGCAGUUGUAUUAUUGGUACGUUUCUUACUGCUCAAUUA